UAAAAUGACGUCGCGCUGUGACGUCUGUUCCGCCGUUUGCCUCACGGUUGUUUACAGUCGGAUUUGGCGGGAGAAGAUUAGACGACCGCUUUCGUUUUACAGCGCGUUCUAUUGAGAGCCGCUUGCGUCAAUGGCGACGACUGCGUCCGCAGCUCCCGUGGAAUCGGAUUUGGACCGCAGCGUAGCUGAAGACGAGCCCCGAGGCAACGAGCCGGAGGAGGACGGAGGGAAUGGGCAAGCUGGGCCCACGACGGGCGCGCAGCAGCAGCACCGUCUCGCCAAGUUACCGCUGUCCCGCAUCAAAACGCUGAUGAAAGCAGAUCCGGAUGUGAGUCUGGCGAGUCAAGAGUCCGUGUUCAUCAUAGCUAAGGCCACGGAGCUUUUUGUUGAAAUGAUUGCAAAGGACGCUCUUGUUUAUGCACAACAGGGAAAGAGAAAAACUCUUCAACGCAAAGACUUGGAUAAUGCUAUUGAAGCAAUAGAUGAAUUCGCAUUUUUGGAAGGUACCCUGGACUGACUGAAAAGGUGCAUUGAUAUGAAUAUAAAGACUGUCAACAAGUUCUGAAGGUCCCUUUCAGAUUUGAGAAAUCAAGAGGCAAACUGGUGUUUUUUUAAUGAUGAUGAUGAUGAUGUUGGUAUGCUUGGGCAGUUUGAUUAAUAUUGUAUAGUUGUCAAAGUUGUAAAAUGCCAAUUGUAUUUUUCUAUGUUAUAUGAAACCAUGUUUGGUGUUUAAAUAAAGUGAAGUUCUUUUA